GGCCAGCGAGCCGGCGCGGGCGGACGGGCAGGCGGGGAGAGGCCAGGGGGCGGGCGGGCCUGUGUGUUGGCGGCGCCGAAGCUCGCGGGAGCGGCUUGGGAGCUCGGCCGCCGGGAGGAGGCCGCGGCCACGCUUCCUGGCAGUUACUGAGGGGCUUCUUUGAAGAACCAUGAAGUCACACUAUGUUGUGCUAACCCUAGCCUCCCUGGUGUUCCUGACGAGCCUCCCUGUGUCACAGAGCUGUAACAAAGCUCUCUGUGCUAGCGAUGUGAGCAAGUGCCUCAUUCAGGAGCUCUGCCAGUGCCGGCCGGGAGAAGGAAGCUGCCCGUGCUGUAAGGAGUGCAUGCUGUGCCUCGGGGCGCUGUGGGAUGAGUGCUGCGACUGUGUGGGCAUGUGUAACCCUCGGAAUUACAGCGACACACCUCCCACCUCAAAGAGCACAGUGGAGGAGCUGCAUGAGCCCAUCCCCUCCCUGUUCAGGGCGCUCACGGAGGGGGACACCCAGCUGAACUGGAACAUCGUCUCCUUCCCUGUGGCGGAGGAGCUCUCACACCAUGAAAAUUUAGUUUCCUUUUUAGAAACUGUGAACCAGCCGCACCACCAAAAUGUGUCUGUUCCCAGCAACAAUGUUCACGCUCCUUAUCCCAACGACAAAGAGCACAUGUGCACUGUGGUUUACUUUGAUGACUGCAUGUCCAUACAUCAGUGUAAAAUAUCCUGCGAGUCCAUGGGAGCGUCCAAAUACCGUUGGUUUCAUAACGCCUGCUGUGAGUGCAUUGGUCCAGAGUGUAUCGACUACGGCAGUAAGACGGUCAAGUGUAUGAACUGCAUGUUCUAAAGAAGGGAAAGGAACGCAAUCCAAAGCAGCUUAGUUACUAGGAGGACAUGAAAAUUACUCAGUAAGUCAUGAAGUGUGCAGAAGUCAUGAGUCAAGUAUGCUAGGAACAUACUAAAUUAUGUUGUUAUAACUGUACCUUUUCUGUUUGUUGCCUAUUAGUGUAUGUCUUUUCCAUGGGAACAGUAGAACUCUAGUCCUAUAAGAAUGGGGUACAGAGGAGUUGUGGAAGAGCUGUAGUUCUGACGGAAGGUCUGGUGCCUUCGGUUACCAGGAGCUGUGGCUCUCAACUACCAGCCUCAAGUUCACCAGGUCUGUGUCCUUAAAGCUUUCCUAACCGUGCCUUGGAUUGCUUAUCUGUUUUAUAUAAAGAGAGUAAAUAUUGCAGCUCACAUUCAAGCCACUGUAAAAGCUUCAUGGUUAUCUUACAUAGUUUUAGAAAGUAAAUAUUUACUCUAUUUUACAGCAGAAAACUUUUCCCUAGAGCCAGUGAGCUGACUCGGUGGGUAAAAGUGUUUGCUGCCAUGCCUGAUGACCUGAGCUUGAUCCCUAGCACCAGAGCCCAUACAGUGGAGGAGAGAACCAACAGACCUCCAUACAUGCACAAUAACAUGCAUGCAUAUGCGCACAGGCACACACACACUAAGUAAAUGUUUAAAACAACUUUAAACCUCUCACGUGGUGAGAUCUGUCCUACGGCACUCAUGCCGACGGUGACUUAGCCGUGGUCUUGCACUCCCCCACCCACAGUGCUGAUGUAUAGGCAGUUGAAUCAUCUCUACCAAGAAUUGUGGCACACCCUUGAAACUCCACUAAACGCACUGUGAGGAUCUGGGUGCAAAAGAAGCCAGGGAAAGAGCAGCCAGGCUGUAUGUAGGUCAUGUGAUGCCACAUCAGGCACCAGGAAGCAGCUGUCCUUUUCCAGCUGCAAGCAGAGGUGAGAGUGAGGUGCACAAGGAGAAGGGUCAGGCUCGGCACCAGCCAACCAGCCAGCUUCUCCAGCACACAGAACCAUGGGCUCGGCACCAGCCAACCAGCCAGCUUCUCCAGCACACAGAACCACAGGCUCGGCACCAGCCAACCAGCCAGCUUCUCCAGCACACAGAACCGUGGUCAGGCUCGGCACCAGCCAACCAGCCAGCUUCUCCAGCACACAGAACCAUGGGCUCGGCACCAGCCAACCAGCCAGCUUCUCCAUCACACAGAACCACAGGCUCGGCACCAGCCAACCAGCCAGCUUCUCCAGCACAUAGAACCACAGGCUUAGCACCAGCCAACCAGCCAGCUUCUCCAGCACACAGAACCGUGGUCAGGCUCGGCACCAGCCAACCAGCCAGCUUCUCCAGCACACAGAACCGUGGUCAGGCUCGGCACCAGCCAACCAGCCAGCUUCUCCAGCACACAGAACCGUGGUCAGGCUCGGCACCAGCCAACCAGCCAGCUUCUCCAGCACACAGACUGCAGGCUCGGCACCAGCAAACCAGCCAGCUUCUUUAGCACGUGAGGUUGCAGAGGGUUGAAAAGGAAUUUACAGACGUAAACAGAGAAGGGCGAGAUUGUUGGGAACUCUUAGCAUCUACCUUAAAACCAUUUAUAGUCUCUGUUUUUGUUACUUUGUAAUGUCUAUAUUUGUUUCUGGAUAUCUGAAUCUAAUAUUCUUAUUAAAUAAGCAUCAUAUUUUGGAAGCUGUACUUCUAAAAGUGGAGGGGAAAAUCUGUUUAAUAUGUUUACUCCUACUUAUUACAGAAUUAUCUAAUUAGCUUCUUAUGUAGUGUUUCCCUAGAGACAAGCUGAAAUACUACAUACCCUUCAUAGAAAUAAAAUCCUCACUUUCAAGCAUGAUUCUAAAACAAAUAUUUAAAAUACACAGGCUCAUUUUAAUGAAAUUGCUAUUUUUUUGCUAGUGCGGAUCUGAAUUAAAAGUAACUUUUUAGGAAUACUCUUUAUAUGUCUAUAUAUUUUAGUACAUAAAAUAGAAAAUGCUCUUAAACACAUUUUGCAUUCUUAUUUGAAUAGUAGUUAACUACAAGAUUGUGAUAUUACAUAAGGCUACCCACUAUAAAACCUGUUCUUUCCCAUAGCUGAAGAGCUCUCCAGGUCCUCAGCUUUCUAACGUCACGGCAUCCUCUCUCACUCACAGCAGCGCCUCUGUUUCAGCCUUGGGAACAGCUCAGCUCCUUUCGUAGCUCCGACACCACCCGGGGUUUUCUUGACAUCAGAAGGGGCUUUGAAGGACUGCAGCUUGCUGCUCCAUUUCAUCUUCCUAAUUGUCAAGAAAGUCAUGCCUAUGAAUGGGAAUGCUCUGAUGGCUGCAGGCAGUUUGCCUUCAAGUUUUCUUUUUUGGUUUGUUUGUUUUUGUUUUGUUUUGAAACAGGGUCUCUAUGAAGCCCUGGCUGGCCUGGAACUUGCUACACAGACCAGGCUGACUGUCCUCAUGCCUUCUUAUGGUGGCCACAAGCAUUGUUAACGUAUAUCAUUGCCUUUUUAAAAAUCUUUUCAUUAUCAAAUCUUAAAAUGUUGUAUGUCUUUUUUACCCCAUACAUUUCUCUGUGGACAGUGUCUUAAACCAAUUGCUUUACUGUUUUUUAUUGCCCUGUUUUCCCCAUUAGAAUUGAUCCCACAGAUAAGUUUUAUGUUCCUAUUUUGUGUAUUUCUUCUGGUUUGUCAAGGCCUUGAGGAAAAAGCAGCAUUCAGCCGACAGGUUUUAGUUUUAGAGCUGGGGGUUGUGCGCACACUUGUGGUCCCACACUUGAGAGGCUGAACAAGGGACCUCAAGAUCACAGGACACACAGGAAGACACUGUCUCAAAACAGCAAAGAAAUCCUUUCUAGUUCUAUACUCAACAUCCUGAGUAUUGUUUUUUCUAAAUUGAAAUUAAACAUUUAAGAAGCUAAUAGCCUCGCUAGUGCCUUCUACACCAUUCUAGCAUGUUCACUUCCCUAUUGAAGAGUUUGUAAUAGUUUGUUCCUUUUUAUAGUUUUUAUAGUUUAUCUUUAUUAUAGCCAGAUCAGAAAACACUAGAUUUUAAGGGCUGGAUUGAAGCCCAGUGAUAGAGCUCUUGCUUAUCAUGGGUGUAGCCCUGGGUUUCCUCCUGGGUACCAACAAGAAACAAAACACUAGGUUGUGAAUCAGAGGGUAUCAUUAAAUCCAUACAUACACACACUUUCCUGUAGCAAGACAUGGGCUUAUGGGCAGGUUUUUGUCUUGUGUUUCUCCCAUAACAUUUAAUUAUGAUUGUAACUAUUAGUAAUUAUGGUACAAAAGCAAGUGGUGAUUCAAGUAAAAUGUAGUGUUUGUUUACACAGGAUGCUGUGAAAGGGGUCUUCACACCAAAGGAAAACUUUUUGGUUUUUCAAGACAGGGUUUCUCUGUAUAGCCUUGACUGUCCUAGAACUCACUCUGUAGACCAGGCUGGCCUCAAACUCACAAAAGAUCCACCAUCUCUCCCUCCCAAAUACUGGAAUUAAAGGCAUGUGCCACCACUGCCUGGCCAAAGUAUAAGUUCUAAAGUUUCAGAAAAUAAGAUUGUCAUUAGGAUAUUCAAACAAGUAUUUGUAAAUCAAAAAACCUUCAAAUAGAGAAACUAAAGCUUCUCUGGAAAACAAGGCUUAGAACUGGGCACAGUUGAAAGGUUUGUACUUAGCAUCUUUCAAGACUUUAAAUUCUUUUGUCCAUUCCCAAGAGUCUGUUUCUUGCGUUUGGCAUGACCUACAACAUAUGUAAUUGUGUAUAUUCUCAUUGGUUGUCUCUGUAAUCAAAAAAGUAUUUUAAUAAAAAAUAGAAAUGAACCUGCA